UCUUCACCACGACCAACUUUCAUAAUGUUGCAGCUGUUCUUCACUGUGGCUUUCUCUGCCGUCCCUUUGACUCUCUAUGUUCCUCCUGUGAGAAGCUUGAAUCUUUUUGUGGAAACCAUGGAGGAUUUUGUUCGAGAGUCAAGAACGUACACGAGGAGAAUCUACCCACGUGCGCGCUUCGUGUGGUCCAGGAUCUUGGACUGUAUGCUCUGCAACUUGCGCUUAGAUUAGAUUUAUGUUAGCUCUUUUCGAUUUAAUCGGGUCCUGGUUUGUAUAUAUGGGAUUAAUUAUUUUCUCUUAUUUAGAUUUUUUUUUUUAAAUUUUAUUCCCUCUAUUUUUCCCAUGAGUUAGCUUUUUUUUUUUUUCUUCUUCCUUUUCUUCUUGUUGUUGUUGCCGCUACCUGAGUGUUUUUCAUUAUUGCGGGUUUAGUUUUUUCCAGUUCAAAGAAUGUCAAUGUGUAAGUCUUUUCUUCACCUUUUGGUGAAAUCUUUAACACUCUGUUACUUAGAUUUUGUUUAAUCUAUGUACAGAACAGAACGAUGAAAAUAAAAUUCUGGGUUUUUAUUUUAA